UCUUGAAUCAAUAAUGAUCCAUGGACAAGAAAAAUACUUCUAAAAGACGUACCCCAAACUCUAAAAAGGCAGUGAAAAAGGUUGAUUCGAAGCAAAACUUAAGUCUGUCAGAAUUAAAGGGUCUUUAUAAGUCUUUGAAUAGGAAUAGCGUUAAGUUAGAUAGAGAAAUAGCUCAGUUAAAGUCAGAAGGUGUCACUGAUAAUUUAAAACCUGAAAUGCAAGCAUUGCAUGACUACAAUGAUAUUAAAGAUGUCACACAAGUAGUUUUAGGAUAUUUAGCUGAUAUAGAAAAUUGUACUAUUACUGAUCUCUAUACGAAGUACUCACUUCCUGCUCAAAGUAAUUGAAGUAUAUUGAUGUCUGUUAGUUAACUCACCUUUUCGCUGAAAAAUAAAAUGUCAGAUACGUCAUCGGAAGAUGCGCUACAGUCGGACAGACAGAGCGACAAAGAAGACAGCGUAUGUCGCGAUUUUGUCAGGGGCAUUUGCGAUAGACAGUUUUGCAAGUACAAGCACGAGAACGAAAUACGGCCUCUGAAUUUCUGCUACGAUUUCCAAAAUAACAUUUGUCCCAGACCCCAUUGCAAAUUUAUCCAUUGUUCUCCCGACGAAGUUGAGGAAUACAAAAGAAGCGGCGAAAUGUCCAACCAAAUCCUGGCAGAAGCCACUCGAAAGAGCCAACUUCCCGGCACACCCCCUGUUUGCAACCAGUUCAAAAAAGGAAUCUGCAGACGAGCCCACUGCAAGUUCAGGCACAUCACUAAAGAGCAAGAGGAGAAGGAAAUUAUGGACCUGAUUCACAACAAUGUCCAGAGGAAGAAAGGGAACACUAUUCAGGAAUCUCAGUUUUACAGCAGCGGCGGGUUUCUCAGUAGAAGAAACGGAAUUGAUUUUAGUGAGUACAGCGAGAGCGGCCUGCCUUUAGCUAAGAGAAGGUUCAUUGCUGCCGAGGAAAUGUUGAACAGGGAAUUACAGCUGGAAGCUGACAGGAUCAGACCGGUUUUCAAGGGGUACUUUGCCGGAACUCCGCCUCCCGGUGUGCUGGAUAGGGUCGAUGCAAGGAACUUGAUAUUAGAAGAGGAAAACAAUCUCCUGCAUAAAGAAAUAGCCCAACUAAAGAAACAAGUUCAAGAUCUGACAGCUACUAACGAAUUUCUGCUGGAUCAGAAUGCCAAUCUGCGGGUAACAAACAAGCAAAACUCAGUUAACAUGCCCGCCGUGACAUUGACAAACACCAACACGCAACCGCAAAUGAUCAGGACGGUCACGGCCAGCGUUGCCACAGUGCCUGUCAGUUUGGCAACCGUGACGACCGGAAAUCCAGUGUCUGGGAACCCCGUAUCUAUAGCAGGUUGUCCUACUGUUAGUAUAGCUUCUCCCGCCCAGAUUCUAGCACCCAGUCAACAAAUACUAGUAACAACGAAUCCUGGACAGCAACUAGCCUUGGCUACUUCAACCCAACAGGCUCAGCACAUGGCCAAUCAGCAGUUAGCUUUGGCCAACGCAUCUCAGCAAUUAAAUUCUCAACCCCAACAAAUAACCCUGACCAGCAACCCUCAGACACACCAACAGUUAACCAGUCAGGCGCAGCAGCUAGCUUUGGCAAAUACCACGCAACAGUUAACUUCGCAGGCGCAACAGUUGGCCUUGGCGAACACCACGCAACAGCUAACCAGUCAGGCUCAGCAGUUGGCUUUGGCUAGCGCUCCACAACAGUUAACUUCCCAAGCGCAACAGUUGGCUUUGGCUAAUACUACGCAACAGUUAACUGUGACUAACGUGCCGCCUCAGCAGUUAACUUUGGCUAAUACGAAUCAACAGCUGUUGGCUGCGCAACAAAAUCUGGCUGCGUCUACUCAACAGAUCGAGCAAAUGCAUAGAAAUAAUCAAAUAAAUGCUGCGAUAAAUACUUCUCAGGCUAUCGCCAUGUCCAAUGCAUCUCAGCCGAUGGUCUCAUACCCUAUUAUGACACAAAGUUUGAACCAUCCCUUGGCUCAUUAGCAGAAGGUGUUGUAUUUGCUGGAUAGUUAAAGAAUGAAAAUAAGAUUUAGCUAUUAUGCAGUGAGCAAGUGACAGUUUGUGAUCUUCAAAGAUUUUAAGGUAUUUCUUUAGUGCUAUUGGUGUUGUGAGGUAUUUCUAUCAAAAGUUUUCUAUAUGGUAUUUAAGAACUUAUUUUUUUUUUGGGCUUUUUCAAAGUAUAUAAAACAUUGUGCUUCUGGAUUUUUGUUAGUUUAAUUAACAAAAAUAAAAAUAAAUCGGAAUAGCCAAUAGAUAUUUGCAACACAAUUGUUUAUUAAUAUAUAGGGGUAAAAUUAUCAACUUUUUCUAAGAAAGAGCUAUUAAUUAGAUUUUUUCCCAAAAUAUCUUGUUACAAACAGUUAAAGUUUGUAAUGUAAUAAAGCAAUACAAUUCCCAACGCCUUGCUUUGUUUACUGUCUACUAUACAGGAUGUAUUGAAUUGGCUUAGAAAAAUGUACAUUUUUAUAUUUUUUAAAUUAAUAUAUAUUAUUUUUUUAACAUAACAUAAACGAUUGAAGAAAAAACAAAUGACAGUAGAAAAAAUUGACAUAAACAUUAACAAUAAAUACAGAAAAAAAUGUUUCUAGGAAAAACUUACUGGUUUUUGCUGUUUCUAUAUCAUUUUUUUUAAUAAAUGACAUAUAUGGUGUUUGUGUCACCAAAAAAUAUAUUGAUUGUCAUUUAAAAAACAACUGCGACGUUGUUUUUUUUCGGUUAUAUGUUAUAUUUAUGAAUCAUCCUGUAUAUAGCAGUUUAACAAAAUAAAACAAAGUAUGUAUUAGAGAACAAAUAUAAUUUUGUGUAAUAAAUCGGAAAUUUUUAUAUUUUAGUUCAUCAUAUAAAUUUUUUUAAUAAAUUUUUAUUUUUAUCGUUUUACAGAAAAAAAUGUUUAGUUUGUAUAAUGUCUAAGUUAGGCGUGUUUUAUUUUAUUUAAAUGAAUCUAUAACUUAAUAAAGAUCAUCAAGAAGGUUUAUUAUUGAUCUUGUAAAAUUUUUAUAGAAUAUAUUUAGAUUCGUAAAUGCGGUAGGUCAUUUGUACCGAUUGUUCCGGUGUACCAAAUAUUUCGGCUGAUAGCUAAAAGCCCAAUAUUCUGAACUGUUAGAGCUUCGUAAUACCAAAUUAAAUGUAUUUUAAACAAUUUUUACAAAAUAAAGUAUAGAAGAGGCGUUACUAUAUUUUUUAAAACUAAAUUUAAUCUUAAUAUUUCUCAACUAGGUCUAGCUUUUUUUCAGAAAGAAAAUAUAUAAAAACUGAUUCGGGUUUCUUCACAAUUUUCUUUUAAAUGAUUGUGUAAGUACCGUAUGAUCUAAAAAACGGCGUCCAGUUGGCUUGGAAAUGACGAUGGAUGACAGUCUCCAUAUAUUAGAAAAUGACAGCGAUCUUCAUUUCAUUGUCAUCGCUGACGCCGUUUUUUUUUCAUCUUAUUGAAUUGUGUACAGGGCUUUCAGAGAUAUUUUGUAUAAUAAAUGCAAGCUUAAGGUCUCUCAAAAAAAUAUACAGGGUGUUUGAUUAGAAGAGUGAAAGUAUAAAUUUUUCUUUGAAAAAACGAAAUAUAGGUAUCUUUGAAAACAUUGUACAAUUAUUAUUUAUUUAAAUUUGUAAAUUUCUGAGUAAGUUAUAAUUUCUAUUAACUAGGGCUAGUUGAGUAGACUAGUUUAGUAUGAUUCAGGGUGUCCAUUAUUGAAAUAUGACACUAGCUUCUAUGAAAAUAGUAUUAUUAUAUUUCUGAUUAAUUUAAACAAUAUAUAUUUUACUACAACAUCAAAUUGCUUUGUGGUGCCUUAUUGUGGAGAUUGAAUCAAUGAAUUUAUAACCUAAUUUUCUUUAUUAUACGUUCUAAUAAAAAUAGGGCAGCUUUAUAAAGUCAUUUGACAAUCCUCAUUCAUUAUAUGAUACACGGGAAAGAAUACCGUUAAGGAAAAUUAUUUCCAUUCCCCAGAGAAUAAAAUUAUGAAAUAUUUAUAUUGAAAAUUAAAUUUCUUUAUCAUUCCGUUUUUCUGAAUGACGAAUAUUGCUUAGUCUUAGUAAAGUAUUCUGUACUUCAGGACCUAAGUUUAGCAUAGGAAAGUUUAUUUAUUUUGUAUACUAUAUCGAGUCUAAGAUUUAGCUAGAAUAUGGUAUUGUGAGUUGUAAAUAUUGCCAUUAAAAUUAUUUAUGUGGUCAA